AGCAACUUUCUUCUGUUGAAACUCAAUUAUCAAAAAGAGCCUCAUGUAUCUUCGCCUCCUAUUUCUCUCUACUUUGAGCUUUUACAUAUUUUCUGCAGAUAUGUUGUACGUAACAAGAGCUCGAAUAUCAUCAACGGCAGCUAUGGGUGACCUCGGAGUAAAUCUAAGUUUUCAAGAGAAUUAUGUGGCAAUGAGUAAUGGACUAGUUGAAAUCACUUUAUCAAAUCCAGAAGGACAUCUUACAGGCAUACAAUACAACGGAGUCGACAAUUUGCUAGAAGUAAUAAAUGAUGAAACCAAUCGAGGAUACUGGGAUGUUGUUUGGAGUCCACCAGAAAAUACUAGUAGAACUAAAGGGACAUUGGAAAGGCUUGCAGGAACAAGUUGUGAGGUUAUAGUAGAAACCGAAGAUCAAGUGGAGCUUUCCUUUUCGAGAACAUGGAAUUCUUCCCUUGAGGGCAAGUUAGUCCCGCUCAAGAUAGACAAAAGGUAUAUUUUGCUUCGCGGAUCAUCCGGAUUUUAUACGUAUGCAAUUUAUGAACAUUUAGAAGAAUGGCCAAGUUUCAAUCUAGACAAUACAAGAGUUGCUUUCAAGCUUAGGAAAGACAAAUUUCACUAUAUGGCCAACUCUGAUGACCGGCGUAGGGAUAUGCCUUUGCCAGAUGAUCGGUUAUCCGGAAGAGGUGAACAGUUAGCCUACCCCGAGGCAGUCCUCCUUGUUGAUCCUAUCGAGAGUCAUUUUAAAGGAGAGGUGGAUGAUAAAUAUCAAUAUGCUACUGAGUUGAAGGAUCUUCGUGUCCAUGGAUGGAUAUGCAUGGAUCCUCCUGUCGGCUUCUGGCAAAUUACGCCAAGUAACGAGUUUAGGGUAGGCGGCCCUAUUAAAUCCGAGUUAAAUUCUCAUGUUGGACCUACAACUCUUGCUGUGUUUGCAAGUACUCAUUAUGGUGGAAGUGAUUUGAUUAUCAAAUUUGGGGAAAGCGAGUCGUGGAAGAAAGUAUUCGGCCCGAUUUUUAUAUAUCUCAAUAAUGUUACAGACGAAGAAGACCCUCACACGCUUUGGGAAGACGCAAAAAACCAGAUGUCGGUUGAAGUCGAAGGCUGGCCAUAUGACUUUGUUACAUCAGAUGACUUCCAAUCUAAGCAUCAAAGGGGGAGUGUCAGCGGUAGAUUACUAGUCCAAGACAGGUUCAUUAAUUCCAAAGGUUGCAUAUCAGCAAGUGGUGCUUAUGUUGGGUUGGCACCACCAGGAGAUAUAGGAUCAUGGCAAAGAGAAUGCAAGAAAUACCAAUUCUGGACCAAAGCAGAUGAGGAAGGGUAUUUCUCCAUACCAAACAUACUUACCGACGAAUACAAUCUAUACGCUUGGGUCCCUGGAUUUAUAGGCGAUUAUAUAAAUUCUACGAUUAUCAAUAUUACUUCAGGUGUUAAUAUCGACUUGGGUGAUCUUGUAUACGAGCUUCCUAGAGAUGGUCCGACAUUAUGGGAGAUUGGCUAUCCAGAUCGCUUAGCGGCUGAGUUUUACAUACCUGAUCCUGACCCAAGAUAUGCUAACAGUUUUCUUCUCAGUGAUCCUAAUAGGUUUAGACAAUACGGAUUAUGGGAUAGAUAUUCAGAACUGUAUCCAGACAAUGAUUUAGUAUACACAGUUGGAGAGAGUGAUUAUACAAAAGACUUCUUCUAUGCUCAUGUUCUUAGGAAAACAAAUAAUGACACUUAUGAACAGGCAACAUGGACGAUUAAAUUUAGCCUUUACAAUAUCAACGAAAAUGAAACAUAUACACUCAGAAUAGCACUUGCUUCGGCACAUCAGUCUGAUUUGCAGGUGCGCGUUAAUGAUUUGAACGAGGUUCCUUUGUUUUCAACUGGGAAAAUCGGGGGAGACAAUGCAAUUGCGAGGCAUGGAAUACAUGGUAUAUACUGGUUGUUCAAUAUUGAGAUACCCGGCAACAUUUUAUACUCUCAUGAAGAAAAUUCAAUCUACUUAACACAAGUAAACAAUGAGAGUCGAUUUCAAGGGGUCAUGUAUGACUAUAUCCGUUUAGAAGUUCCCCAAACUAAAACUAUGAACAUAAACUCUUAGUUGUGAUCAACCUUGAGGUUUAGAAUUCCAUUCUUAACAAGAUGUAUUUGUUGAAAUUUUUAAGAUUAUUAAUACGUCAUUUAAUAAAAGUAUAAAACUGAUUUACUUAUAAA